CUGAACCUUUUAAAUUACCUAUUAUUUUGUAAGUAUUUGAUUUGAUGUAUGUCAACGCUGCCAUGUUUUAUUUAUUCUGUAUUUAUAAUUUGUUCUAAAUGGACAUCGGUCCCAGGAUAGUAAAAUUAUUUUCAUUCAUUCAAUUUUUAUUUCAAGUUCAUAGUAAAAUACAGACCAACAAGGAUUAGUUUUUGAUCAUUCAAAGAAUUGUGUUGUUUUUUUUAACGUAAUCAAAGAAAAAAGUCCUUAAAAAACGAAUUUAUCUCAAUUUGCACACUCAGAUAAAAAUAAAUUGUUACUAAUUACCUGUUAAAUACUAAUUAAAUAAAUUAGUAAAAUAAACUAGAAACUAUCUCUUCGUAGAGGGACAUAGCGUAUUGCAGAUUCGAGAGGGGGUUUGUCUAGGGGUUGUGAAACUAGAGUCGUAUAUAAGGAUAGUCACUGAAUGGUCGAGUGCGAAUCGCCCAGCAAGCACCCACUCACCAUGUACAAGGUACUAGCUCUCCUUUCACUAGUCUACGCAGCUUCGGCCAUUGGUGGCUACGAUGGAGGUCAAGGUGGUCAUGAAGAACAUAUCGAUUAUUAUGCACCGCCCCAUUACAACUUCGAAUACAGCGUCCACGACCCCCACACCCACGACGUGAAGAGCCAGCACGAGACCAGAGAGGGUGACGUGGUCAAGGGCUACUACAGCCUCAAGGAAGCCGAUGGUACCGAGAGGAUCGUCCACUACACAGCUGACCACAAGAACGGGUUCAACGCCGUCGUAGAGAGGAAAGGACACGCUGUCCAUCCGCAAGUAGUCCAUCAUGGACAUCACUACUGAAGUCAAUU